GGAGCCCGGGGGCGGCGAGCUGUGGGUGGCCGGCCGGGGAUACCUCCUCCCCGCGCGGCCCGGGUGGGUGCGGGGCGAGGCCGCCCUGCCCGGCAGGAGGAGCCGGAGCCGGGGCCGGGGUCUCUGAUUGGGCUGCGGGGCUGGAGCGGGAGAAGCGGGCGCCGCGGCGGGUAAGUGCGAGGGGGCGGCGGCGGAGCCCGGCCAGAGCCGGGGGAGUCGCCGCCGCCGCCAUGAGCGCCGGAAAGUCCCCGGGGCGCAGGAGGAGGAAAGCGGCGUGUGCCCCGCAGGUAACAACAAGAGAAGACCAUUUUGAUAUAAGGGAUCCACCGUCUGACAGUGAGAAACCUUUUAAAUUGGAAGGAAAGCCUAAGAACAAAGACAAAGUCAUCCAUAAAUUGAAUUUAAAGAUUGACGAUCUGAAGAAGAAAAACCAUGAUUUAGAGCAACAUGUUACGGAACUGCUUGAUGAUAAGCAGGUGGUGGAGAGUCAGGUGGAUAGUUUGACCAAUAAGAAUGAGUAUCUGUGUAAAGAACUUGCUGUAGUUGACAAAUUAGCUGAACAGCUGGAAAAAGAAAAAGAAUUAGUCUUGGAUACUGCUGAUCAGGAGCUUGAGGAAGCAAAGACUCAAAUUAGAUGCCAGCAAAACAAUAUUAGAAAGUUGGAGCACACAAUCAAAAUACUUAGAUCUGUUAUUUUAGAAACAGAAUCUGAAAAAACACUAGGGAAGUCUCCUUCAAGACUUGAUACCUUUAUCAAGACAUUGGAGGAGGACAGAGAUUAUUAUAAAAGUGAAGCUGAGAAUUUGAGGAAGAUGUUUCGAAACACAUCCACAUCUUCAAGUCCUAAGCACAGCCCCACUCGUAGCAGCAUUUCAAAACAUUCUUCGCCUAUGCAGGGAAUGAGUUCAGAUCCAGAAGUUAUGAAAAUAUUCAGAGAACGUGAAGAACUGAAGUCAAUGCUGGAAAAAUAUGAGCGCCACAUGGCAGAAAUUCAGGGUAACAUCAAGGUUCUAACAGCUGAGAGAGACAAAAUCGUCAUUCUUUAUGAUCGGGCACAGGAAGAAAUAUCCCGACUUCGCCGAGAUGUUGUCAAAUCCCCCAAGACUCCUAAAACGACUGUGACAGCCCAGGCUAUCUUGAGGCGUGUGGAGACAGAAAGGGAUACAGCUCUUUCUGACUUCCGAAGGAUGACCACAGAACGAGAUAGCCUCAGGGAGAGGUUAAAGAUUGCCCAGGAGACUGCAUUUAAUGAGAAGGCUCACCUGGAACAGAGAAUUGAAGAGCUGGAAUCAACAGUUCAAGAUCUUGACGGUGAACGUUUGGAACAAAUAUCAAAGAUAGCACUGAUGAAAGAGACCAUAGAUUCUGUGGAAAUGGAGAUGAAAAUAUUGGCAAGAAGGGCACUGGAUUCAGAAAGUGAGCUCAGCAGACAAAAAGCAGAGUGUGCUUCACUAAGCUUAUUAAAUGACAAGACAGAACAGAGUCUUUCAGAGACACAGCGACAUCUUGCUAAAAAAAAAUAUGAAUUACAACUUACCCAGGAGAAAAUUAUGGUUUUGGAUGAAAAAAUUGAUAACUUUUUGAAACAAAAUGUUUCACAACAAGAAGAAAUCCAUAUUCUCAAAGAAACUAUUGCUGAGCUGGAUACAGAAAGGGACUCCUUACAAGAAUGUGUGGAUGAAAAAACUGAGAAAAUUUCUUCUUUUCAAGAAACCCUGGCAAUUAAAGAAGAAACCAUUUCGGGUUUGAAGGAUCUCAUUUCUGAGAUGGAGCAAUCAUCAAAACAGUCUACUGAAGCUCUAUGCAUCUGUAAGGAGGAUAUCACCAGAUUGCAUCAACAACUGGAUGAAACCAAUGAUGAACUUGCUCAGACUGGCAGGGACAGAGAAUCAUUAGCUCAGGAGAAUGACAAGUUGCAGGAGCAACUUCAUAGAGUUAAGAAGGAAAAUCAGAUUCUACACCAAAAACUUGCAAAGUGUCAGAAUGAGCUUGAUGAUAUGAAGUUGAAAGGGCAGGAUUCAAGCUCAGAUAUUGCCAGAUUGAAGAGCACAUUGAAUUCUAUAGAGAGACAGAACCGUGAACUUUCGGAGAGCUACCACAGAGCCAGUGAACAGGCAGAAAGCUGGGAAACAAAAUUCCACCAAGCGGAGGGAGAUUGCAGCUCUGUCAGAGUGAUGCUCCUCAACACAGAGUCUGAGAGCCGUAGGCUGAAAGAAAGAAUGGAGUCCCUUGAAACAGAGAUUGAGCAACACUUAACAACAGAAAAAGCCUACAAGUCACAGAUUUCUACCAUAAACAAGUCUCUUAUGAAAAUGGAAGAGGAGCUUCAGAAUGUGCAGCUGGAGAAAGUCUCUGUACUUGCAGAUCUCACAUCUACACAAGAGCUUUGUAUUAAAUUAGACUCUAGCAAAGAGCUACUAAAUCGGCAGCUAAACUCUACAGCACAAGAAGUAGAAAGGCUGCAGAAUGAAUGGGAGUCUUCUCGUUCUGAAGUAGAACUCCUGAGGAAACAACUAGCUAAUGAAAGAAUCUCUAUGAAAAACCUGGAAUCUUUGCUGGUGUCCAACCGAGAGAAAGAAUUUCAGUCUCAGAUAGCCAAACAAGAAAAGGAAUCUGAAAUUCAGCUUCUUAAAGAGCAGCUUUCUCUGGCUGAGAAUAAACUUGCUAUCCAGAGUCGAGAUUUUGCCCAGCUCAGAAAUACAACAACUCAGCUAGAGUCUGAGCUAGAUAUCACCAAAAGGCAGUUGGGGACAGAGCGCUUUGAAAGGGAACGUGCUGUACAAGAGCUUCGUCGCCAGAGUAUUACUACUUCAUACCAAUUAAGCUCUACUUUAAGGACAUCAUCACCUGAACGUUCCCUCCAUCGAUCUCCUGAUUGGACUCUGGACAGAUCCUUGGAAGGUGACUAUCACAUGAGUUCCACAAGGAUAAUGGAUGCUAAAUUGCGAGAGGCUGAAGGAUGUGGUGAGGACAAUUCAGGAAAGAAAAAGUCAAAGUUCAAAUCUUUCAAAAAGUUCUUUGGGAAAAAGAAAAGGAAAGAGACCUUACCAUCUUCCGGAAGCAUCACUCUGAAACCAUGUCAGUCAGCUAGUGAUGUCACAGCCCCAGAGUCCAGGCACAUUGACUAUGAUUCUGAAGAUGAACUUGAGUCCCACACAGGUAUUAUGGGAAGCAGAGCUUUAUCACAUGACAGCAUUUUCAUUCCUGAGCCUGCGCAAGAGCCUGCUAGGCCCGUACGAGUGUUUUCUCAGGAAAAUGUUUCCGAUCGGAUUAGAGCUUUGCAGUUGAAACUCCAACACAGCAUGAAACUGGGACCUCCUCCUCCAUUUGGAAUUCGUGCAAAGCGGAUGGAUGAUGCUGGGACUAGUUCUGAAGAUGAUGGGUUACCCAGGAGUCCUCCAGAAAUAUCUUUGCUACAUGAAAUUUUAAGUUCCAGCACAGCAACAAGGUUCUCUGACUCUCACAAGCACCCUAGCUCUUUGAGUUUAGCUGGAACAGGCAGUGAAGAAGAAGAACAGGUCACAUCAGGUCCUUCUUCUAGGCCCCACUCUACAGAAGGCCAACUAUUCCCUAGGCAUGCAAGUGCUAAAACUAUAUCUCCCCAAACAUCUGACAGCAGCAUCUCGCCAGCAGCUGAUUUUGACACUCCGCCUGAAUUCUCCACUUGCUUGGAUAAUUCUGCUGCUAAACACAAGCUUUUAAUAAAACCACGGAACCAGAGAUCUAGUAAAAUGAGAAGACUUCCUUCGCGGACCCAAUCAGAGUCUCUGAAUGACUUGAGCUGCACCCCAGAGGAAGAGGAGCACGAUGGAAGAGAGAUGCUGACAGACUUGACAUAUGAAGUCUUCACCACCAGCCAUCAGAAGUUGACACACAGCACAGCUGUGACGAGUGACGUGGCCUCCUGGCAGAGACCUGAAAUGCCUAAAGACUUUCCCCAUGGCUCGAGACACAGAGACGAAAGGCCUCUCACAUGGCAGUUCGCUUCUGAGUCUGCCAUUGUACAGGAAGCCUCGUUACAUGAGAAUAAUCCUGAGGGCUGCCAAACUAUGCUGGAAUUAACACAUUCUAAGUCAGAUUAUCCUUCUCCUUUAGAGCCUAAAGAAAACGUAAUCACCUUGUAUCCCCCUCCGGACAGAGAAACACAAAGGGAAAAAGAGCCCUCGGGAACACUGAGUGUGUCCACCAGGAAUGUGUGUGAUGUGUCAGUUAAUACUUUAAAUCAAGAAAAUAAACAGUUUCUUAAUGGGUCUUCAGUGAAUAAUCUGCUGUCUGAAGAGGAUACUUCAACCAGUACUGGCAGUUUUUCUUGUUUGAGAGGGCCAGAAAAAAAUGUACAGAAGGAUGGUCAGAUACCCAUGGAAACUUCCUGUAAUAAGGAAACAAAGAAGGAGUCUGCUGCAUUGCCAGCUUCCAGCAAGCAAUUACCUGAAAGGUCUUCUCAGCUCACAGACUCACCCUGUGUUUCCUCUGACAUCCCACAGCCUGCUUUGUCAUUGCAGCUGGGGUCAUCUGCUUCCUGGUCUCUGGAGCAAACUGCGCCCACUCAAGAACUAGCUGCAUCUGACAAGGAAAACAAUCAGUCCCUGGGACACAGGGAGGCAAUUUGGGGGGAAAAAACAGAGAAAGCUGCCCAUGAACUCAGCACCUUGAGAAAAUUUUCAGUGUCAUCAGCACGGGAGAGACCAAGAGCUGGCAGCCUCCACCUGAAAGAAAACUCAGAAUGUGAAAGUCCAUUAAAUGCCAAAUUACCCCUGUCAAAAAACAAGCUCUCUUCAAGAAAUGAUAAGUUGAAAGAGGAUGUGCAGGUGGGCGCAGAUCUACAGGAGGAAAAAAAUAGCAUUAAAAAGCAGGUGUCGCUGGCAGAUUCUGACUCUGAGGUCACGGGCAAAGCAGCAGACAAAAUGGUGGCUGGCUGUGUUUCUCAGGCCAUUGAUGCAAUUCCAGUGGUAUCCCAGUGCCAACCAGGCAGUGAAGAUAAAAGUCCUUUUCAAGUAAAACUUAGAUCCACUUCACUGUCCUUGAAAGAUAGAGACAGCUCUUCACCAGAAUCGAAGGGGUUUAAAAGAUACAGUGCAGAGAUUAAUUUAGAAAAAGAGGGAUUGGCAUCACUUCUAAAAGGUGAAAAGGCACAGAUCAAAAAAACUGCUGAUGUAAAUAUCAAUGGCUCUGUGAAUGACAACAUAAAAUCUAAAACAAAGUCCUCUGAACAGCUUAUCACAAAACCUCCAUUGCCUAGGAAGCCUGUUUUGCAAAAUGUAACUAAUGCAAACAGUAACGUGAACGUGGAAAAGCAGGAAAAAGCCACUAAAUCUCCUGAAUCCAGAAGUAAAGACAGAGACUUGGAGAAAAAAUCAUGUCCUUCAAAAGUGCCUGAGAAGGCUGUGCCUUCCCCAGUGAUUACAGCAGACUCUCCAGGAGGAACUGACAGCCAGUCCACACCAGCCUGGAUUACUAUAGCAAGACAGAAGCAAAGGGGCAUGCAACAAGAGCUGGAGCCUACUAAAGAAGAGAAACUUGUGGCUCAAGACAUUAAGUCAGAUACAGAAAAACAAAAUAAGGAGACGGAAAGAAUGGAGGGGUCAAUGAAGCAACAAGCAAACUUCAUCAGGAGCAAACCUUCACAUUUAGGACCUAAAACUUCAUCUGAAGAACAGAGGAAUGAGACAAAGUCUGACAUGAACGAGCCUGUGCCAAGAGCCAACUUGCUGUCGCAUCAUGUGCCUGCUCAAUCCUCAGUGCUGAUAGAGAGAGAAGAAAUGAACCAGUUUAAGAAAGUCAGUCAUUCUGCUCCAGAUCAGCCAUCAUGGAUGGAACUUGCCAAAAAGAAAUCCCAAGCUUGGAGUGAUAUGCCGCAGAUUAUAAAAUAGGGUGAUACAUCUCAGACUAAUAGUACAUGCUAUUUUGGAUAAUUCAGUAGUCCACGUAAUUGAACUUCUAUAGAUUAGUUAAUCACAAUGAAGAAUCUAUGGUACAUCAGAAGGGUUUUGUUAUAAAGCUUUGAAAAAAAGAGUGCAAUAAGUGCAGUCAAAAAGUUUACCUUAAACCUUCUGUAACAAUCCGGACGGCACUAGAAAUGGUUUAAGAAUAAGCUUCUUUAAGGACAUACUUACACCUACUUAGAAAAACAUUCUGCCUAUAUACAUUGUGUAUUUCCCCUCCAACCCCAAUUAAAUUUGCAUAAAACCAGUAUCUUUGUUAAAUCUUGUUGAACUUUUUGUUGCAAACAUUGUUACACGGCUCAUUAUCUAUUUGUGUAUUGUCCACUAUCAGAUCAUGAUAAUAUAAAUCUGUUUAACUGGCAUUAUCUGACAGACACUCUUUAAAAAUGUUUGGGCCAAUGAGGUAUUCAUGACUUGUUUUCAGUGAGUACUCUAUCAGAUAUUCAGAAUUUGCUGUUUGAAUUGUGUGAUUGGUUAGCUGAGUCACAUGGUAUGGUUUCUGUUUUCUGAUUUGAUUCCUGAGGCAUGAAUAAAGUUGUUUGUGCAUGAAAAUGGACAAAAAUUCUUCCUGAAAUAUUUGCCUGAACAAAACGGGCUCCACAAAUGGGCACAGAAAAGCAAGCAAAGAGGAAACAAAUGUGUUCAGAUUGAAUUGGAAUCCCAUGUAUGUAUUCAUGAAUGCUCUUCUCCAGAAUUCACCCAAAUGCGCGUGUUCUGUUUUUUAUGGAAAUUCAUCAUAUUGGUUUGUGGCACCAUAUUCAGUGGCAAUGGAUAUGCUUAUGAUAUCAAAGAUGAAGAUUAUGAAUUCAGAUAAAGAUUAACGAGCCAGCGUAUGGGACUUGUUGAGCCCAAACUCAAAUGUUACAAAACCAGGAACUGAACAGUUAAGGUGCUUCUUCAAACACAAUACAACCUCCCAGCCUUAACUCUGCCCUCAUCUGAAUGGCAAAAGGGACUGGGAAUAGCACAGUAUGUUAACAAGCUGUAACAAUACUAUUUUCAUUGUGCCCACCGCAACUCCAAAUCAGGAUCCCUAUUUAUGCAGUUUCAUGGGCCUCUCUGCUGGUUGUGUAGCAACAUUGACAUGGGGAAGUAAUUGCUGCUGGUUGAUAGAGAUGACGCUGAAUUUAUUGUACUUCCUCUCUUCCUGCUGUACAAUCACAAAGAAACUAACAACAAUCCAUUAGGAAAUUUCCUAACAUUAGUGUCCUCCUGUUAAGUCUCCUCCCAUAAAAACACUAGAGCAGUGGUUCUCAGACUGUGGAUCAGGACCCCAAAGUGAGUUGUGACCCCAUUUUAAUGGGGUCACCAGAGCCGAAGCCCAAGCCCAACUGCCUGGAGUUGAAGCCCGAGGGCUUCAGCCCUCGGUGGUGGGGCUCAAGUUACAGGCCCUCUGCCUGGGGCUGAAGCCCUUGGGCUUGGGCCCCCAACACCCAGGACAGUGGGGCUUGGGCUCUGCCUGCUGCCCACCUGGGGCAGCGGGACUCGGGCGGGCUCAGGCUUCAGUCCCCCCUCCUGGGGUUAUGUAGUUAUUUUUGUUCUCUGAAGGGGGUCGUGGUGCAAUGAAGUUUGAGAACCCCUGUACUAGAGUAAGGCUGGGUGGUUGUGCUAUAUCUAUUUAGCAACACCUUGAUGUUCACUUCCUAGUUUUUAUAAAUUUAUGGGGGGGGGGGGUUUCCUGCCAGACUAUUCUUUGCAGGGAUAUGUAGGGAAACUUUAACUUAGAAUGUCCUGGUUUUCUAACCCAUGAGUCUGAGAUUUUGAAAUCUCAUGUUUCAUAAGGGUCUGGGGUGCAGAAGGCAGUAUGUGUUUUAAUCAACUUUAAUAAAGCAUUUGUAAAUCAACUUAGAUAAAGAAUAAGACAUUGACGCAUAUGAACACUUGAGAUAAAUAAGCUGUUUUCAUCAGAUCUCCUUACUACUAGAAAAUGAGGGAAAUAAAACAGAAUAUAUGGGUAAAAAGCAUGUUUUUGAAGAUUUUCAGUUUGGCGUUAGUUGCUCUUUAGAUAUUCUAGUAAGUGUAUAGUACAACUCAUUUAUUUAAAGAAUAAAAACAGAAUAGAGCUUCUGUUAAAAAGGUAAAUGUCAUCAUUUGUAUCACAGAAUUUAAAAUGUUUGUCAGUCUUUUGAAAACAUAAAUAUGAAUCUGCUGUUAAUGUGUCUAGUCUUGCAGUUCUUAUUCGGGCAAAACUCCCACCGAUCUCAUUGGAAUCACAAAAUUCAAGACAACAGUUUUUGUAAAUGUUCGGAAACCAGGAGUAGGAGAAGUUUAGCAAUUCAGUCUUAAAGGCAGACUCCUGUGGAUUUGGGGGUAAUCUUAAAAAUGUGAAAAUCAUCCUCAUCAACUGUAUAUUGGUCAUGUUAAAAGUGGAAAUGUAUUCAAGCACAAAAUUCGGAUUCAAAUCCAAACUGCCCCAAGAUUGUUUGCAUGAGCAACCUUCACUCUUCCCUUUGUGCAUGUGCAUUUCCCAUAUAGUCUUUAAUCACAAUUAAUAAUCAUUCAUUUCUCAAAUCAUAGAAUACAAAAUCACAGUUUAUUCUACAGUUAUUUCUUAAAUGUAUUGUAAGACACUCUCUAAUAUAAACAGAUACACUUUUCAGGUACCGUAACACAGUCUUAAAAAGCCCCAAAAACUAACAUUAAGAAAUAACUCAUGAAAUCACAAUGCAAAGUUUAUUUAAAGUACUGCAUUACAAUUUGCAUAAUUCUGGAAAUAAACUAUUCCACAUUAAAGGGAAAAUGUAAAACAUAAAAUUACAUUUUAAAAAAAUCGAUGUUAUCCUUUGAUUAUUGCCUGUUCAGAUCCUCGCUGAAGAGUAGAAUGUUUUCUGGAAAUUAACUUGAACUAGAGUUAGUGGUAUGUUAUAUUGCUUUAAAGUUUUCUCUCUGUUAUAAAUUAUUUAAGAUGUAUCUGAUCUCAGCUGAAUUUCUGGGGAGUGAGCAGUCCAACUACAUGGGACAAUUCCAAAUAUCUCUAAGGAAAUUCUCUGUUUGACAGGCAAAUGUACAAGAUAAAGGAGGUUAUUAAUAGAGUGAUCUAGGGUUUUCUACACAAUAUUCUUAGACACACAAACAUACAAAGAAUGGACUCCACACAUAGUUUUGAGAGAUGAGCAAAUUCCCACAAAGUGCAGCCCUAACUCUAAUGUGGGCUUGAUCUUGCCACCUUCUGGAUGAAAUUCUAGUUGAAUUUGAAGUCAGUGGGGCCAGGAUGGCAUCCUUUAUGUUCAAUACUCUCACUAACUUGACUUUGCCAGGAACAGUGACAAUUGGCUCCUAUAGGCCUGCUUGUGGAUCCACUGAAAUCAAACUAAAACUUCCAGUGAUUUCCAUUCGAGAAAGCUCUGGUUUUACAGGGUGGUCAGUCGUAGAUGAUGCGUGCUAAGACCUUAAAGAAUUAGUCCAUCAGAAUGGCAUCAAUUUAAGUAUCUUAAAUGUAGGGCCUGAUUUUGCCUCAAAUAGGUUAUUGUAUCAAUAUUAUCUAGUGCUGGAGUUUCUUUAUUUUAGAACAAAAGGUCAUGUGACUCUGCUAUAGCCAAUUGCUAAACAAUCACUAUUAUCCACCAACAUGGAAAAUACUGCAAAACUAUUUCAGAUCCUGCAUAUUUUCUCUCAGCCAAAUGGACUGUUUUUGGCAAUCCCAGGAUGUAAUACAAAUGUAUUUGGGCAAACUGAUUUAUGGUUUAUAUUCUUGACUGUAUGGAAAGAACUGUGAUCAAUUUUACUGUAGAUGUCAUUCUACCUUUCCAGCCCAGAAGCAAUAUGACUGACUCAACAUGAUCCAUUUUACUCAACUGCAACAAGCACAAUACAGUAUCCAGUAGCAAAUCUACUGAAAUAAUAUUGGAAAAACCAAAGAUAAUUCAUGGCCUUUUCAUAUAAAGUAAUACAGCUUUAGUUAAAUUCAAACAAACAAACAAAAAGAAAAAAAAAUAUGGAGGUGAAGACCAGAAAUCCUUAGAAGCUUUUUUCUCUCCCCAAAGUGAUGGACCAUAUGUUGUUUAAAACCAAUUCUUCUGCUUACUGUUUAAUGAUCAAGUUCAAGUUUUGGAGGUGCUAUCACCCCCAAGGCUAAAGUAAUGAAUAUAGUGUAAAUUAAAUUGUAUAUUGUAUGUGUCUGAAUGCAGAAAACUGUAGAUUUUUGUGACUUAAACAGUGUUUACUAUUUUGCUUAUUAUAAUAUAGCUACCUCUUUACUUUUAGCUCAGUAAUUUUAAGUAAAAAAAUCACAUCUAAACCAUUUUUAAUGUA